CUCAGUACCACCAAUAAUCGACACAUUUUACGUCAUAUUAUUUACAAUAAAUCAAAAUGUUACUCACUCUAAUAAUAUUAUUUUAUUAUUAAUAACAGCUCAGUUAUUUAAUAUAUUUAUUAAUAAAUUAUUAUUUGUUGAUAAAUAGGUGUACUGAGAAGUAAUUGUGGAUUUUAAAUAAAAAUUAACAAGAAAACGGCCGGUUGGCGUGCCAGACAGGUAAAUUAAUACAGUGCCAUUGUCAGAAUAACAUUGCUCAUAUUAAAAAAAAAAAAAAACAAUAAUAACGUUAAUAAAAAUAAUAAUAGUAAAUGUGUAAUCGAGCUCAUUUUAAUAAUAAUCAUUAAUUAAAUAAAUAUUAAAUAAAAUCGAUAAUAAUUACAAAUGCAACGAAUGUUUUUAAAGUAUAAUAUUAAUGUGAUGUUACGAACAAAAAUAAAUGAGUGGAUCAAGUGAUAACAUCAAAUUAAAAUGAAGUCUAUUAAUAAUAAUAAUAAUAAUAAUAUUAAUAAUAAUAAAUAAAUAAAAGUAAAAUAGUGAUUAAAAUAAUAAAAUGGCAAAAAUGUUGCCAAAGGGGACUUUUUUAAUUUUUAUAUAGAGAUUGUAUAAAUAGAUAAUACAACGACCAAAGAUAAUUAACGAUACUGGAAGUUUAAAUCGUAAAUAAUUAUUAAGAUGUGGAAAAAUAUAUAAAAUUGAAGGCCACGUUGUGUCUAAGAGAGUUAACAUUUAAACCAAGUGGCGGGUGAUAAUAAUUUUAAAAAUUAAUAACUGUUAGCUAAUCAAGUUUAGCUAAAAAUAUAUAAAUAUUAACUGUAAUAAUUGAGUUUUAACAUGGCACGUAAAAGUGAUAAUAUUAAAUGUAUUAACAUUGCGGUUGUUGGAUUGUCUGGCACUGAAAAAGACAAAGGACAAGUUGGAGUCGGAAAGUCAUGUCUUUGCAACAGAUUUAUGAGAUCACUUAGCGAUGACUAUAGUGUUGAUCAUAUUUCUGUUUUGUCACAGUCGGACUUUAGUGGUCGUGUUGUAAAUAAUGAUCACUUUUUAUACUGGGGUGAAGUAGUAAAAGUUGCUGAAGACGGUACUGAAUAUCAAUUUCAAGUAAUUGAACAAUCAGAAUUCAUAGACGAUGCAUCAUUUCAACCUUUCAAAGGCGGGAAAAUGGAGCCAUAUGCAAAACGUUGCGCUGCUACUAAAAUAACUAGUGCUGAAAAAUUAAUGUACAUUUGUAAGAAUCAAUUAGGAAUAGAAAAAGAGUAUGAACAAAAAGUAUUACCUGAUGGUAAAUUAAAUAUCGAUGGUUUUUUAUGUGUAUUUGAUGUCAGUGUGGUACCAAAUCGUUCAAUUGAAAAACAAAUUGAAAUCGUAUCGAACAUAUUGAAUAAUCUAAUAAAAACUAAAAAACCAGUUUUAUUAGUAACAACUAAAAAUGAUGACGCUAACGAACAAUAUGUAAAAGAGGCUGAAAAAUUGAUAUCACGAAAAGAAUACAAGAGCUCGAUUUCAGUUGUCGAAACUUCAUCACAUGAAAAUAUAAAUAUUGAUGCUGCAUUUCUAGUCUUGGCACAAAUUAUUGAUAAAACUAAAGUUAGAAGUAAGAUAAUACCUUUUAGUGAAGCUGCUAGAUUAAGAAAAGAAUUAUUAGACGCUUCAACAGAAUCUCUACAAAGAUUAAUACGUAUCCAUGUUACGGAUUAUCGCGCACUAUGGUCACAAGCUUCGAAAAAACUUGCUCAGCACAAAGAGUUUAAUAAUUUUGUUGAAUUGUUUGGUAUCGAUGCUACACAAAGGCUAUUUAGGCGACAUAUUAAAAAAUUAAAGGACGAACAAAUAGCUAAAAAAAUACAAGGCUAUUUAGAUAUGUUGCCAGACAUUCUCCACGAAAUUUGUCCAGACAUUUCCAGUCUUAUUAAUGAAGAAUGGUCAACAGUACAACAAUUUAUUAAAGAACAUCCAGACUUUCAUCAACACUUCUAUGAAUGCCCAGAAGAUAUAUCGUGGAUUGAUUACGACUUUGGUGAAAAUAAUACAACUAAAAUACCAUAUGAAGUUCUUGAAACUCCAGAAGCUGAAACAGUCUUCAAGAAUCACAUCAACGCUCUGCAACAAGAGCAAAGACGAUUAGAAUGGAAAAAGCAAUUUAAGCAAUUGCUAGAGGAAACUGGGUACGUAACGCCUGGAAAACAUUUGUCAGAAGUGCGAGUACUGUUCAUGGGUCGCGAAUGUUUCGAAGCGCUUUCUCAUCAUGAUUGUCAAGAAAUUUAUGACCAACAUCAAAAAGAAAUAAUUGAGAGAGCGAAACAUAAUUUUCAAGAACUUUUACUCGAACACGCGGACUUAUUUUAUCACUUCAAAAGUAUAGCUCCGUCUGGUACAAUUACGCAAGAUGAUAUUAAGGAAAUAACUGACGCUUUAAUAGAUGACUUUAGGUACAAGACAUUGGAUAGACUUGAUCAAGAUAGAAAAUUGAUGCUUUUUCAACAUCUUGGUUUUGUUCAUUGUCCAAUUAGAGAACAUUGUCCUGCAUUUCCUAAUUGUAUGGAUGCUCUUAUUGAAAGAAUACUCGGUACUAAAGCACACAGACCAUCGUCAUGGAAUCACAGUAGUCAAUGGCAAUUAACAUCUGAAAAUAAUCAAUUAAAUUUAGUAAUACUUGGUAGCAAUGGACUUGGAAGUGAAUUUGCUCAGGAAAUAAAAACACAAACAGAUGACGAUGAAGUGGAAAUUGAUUGUCAGUUAUAUACACUCGGUUAUCGAGUUAUUGACGGUGACGUUGGAUUACCCCACAAUUCAUUUACAACCUCCGAUUUUAUGCCACACGGUUCAUUUUGUAUUUACGCAAAUGAAGAUUCAUUUGAAUAUAUACGUUCGUCAUUAGAAAAAACAUUGCUCUCAAAUUUAGAGCAAGAAGAUCGAUUACCAUUUCAGGGAUUACCAAUAGUAAUAAUGUUUGUACCUGACAUAACUAUUGACGAAAUGGAGUCAAUGAGACUCAGAGAAGAGGGACAAAAUUUAGCUGACAGUUUACAGUGUCCGUUCAUUGACGUUUGUGUUGAAGAUUUGGAGCCAGAUAAGCGUUUUCCCCACUCAUUAGUUAAAGAGGCACUUCAACAGCUCAUACAGUCGAUUAAUCAUCGUGCUGGUUUUUUAAAUAUUUACCAAAGUGUUAUUGAAUGUUUAGAGCCCGAUAUCAGAAUAAUAAUGUGUAUGUUUUGUGGUGAUCCUUAUUCAGUGGAAAAUGUCUUAGGACCUUUACUGAGUCAUCAGUGUUGUUUUUUAAGCGGUGAAAAAUCAAUCGUACUUGAAACAUUUCUAGGCGACUCGAAACGACGUGUUGAAGUUAUUAUAUCAAGCUUUCAUGGCGCUAAUGCAUUUCGUGAUGAAUUAGUUCAUGGAUUUAUUUUAGUUUAUUCAACUAAAAGAAAAGCUUCAUUAGCAACUUUAAACGCAUUUUCAAUGAAUAUUCCAAAUUUACCGAUUCAAAUAAUGGCAGUAACGGAUACCGGUGGUGCUAACGCUUUCUUCAGUAAUGAUCUAUCUCACAUGCUUAUCACCGAAGGAAAUGCUACCGCAGACCGACUUCAAGCCCACUUUAUGACAUCAGCGUCUAGUUGUCAACAAAAAACGGCAUUUUAUACGCCAUUUUUCAAAGAAGUUUGGGAGAAGAAACCCGAAAUCGAGCAAGCUUUUCAUAUGGAAGAACCUGGUAAUUUAAAUGACAGCGGAGAAGGAACUUUAGAAUACUCAGCAUUACAUCCAAUGCCACCACCAAGACACGAGAGUUAUCAUCUACAAACACCAGACGAUGGUAUGUCUGUAACUUUCAGAAGUGGAUCGGAGUCGUACGAGCAAUUGACGCCUGAUGGUGAACUAGGUGAUACAGUAUUAAAUGAACAAUUUAAUGAUCAUCGUGCCACACCCAGCGAUGAUAGUGAUAUUUACAGUCAAGUUGAUUUUCAUCGGGAAGAAAGAGAACGAGAACUACUUAAAGGCGGUGAUUUCGCUAAUAAAUUAACAGGAUGGGUGAAAGACACAUUCAAUAUGCAUCAUGACGGAGUAUCAAACACGUACUCGCAUCGAGCAUUUACAACAGGCCGUAGAAACAUCUCGCAAACAAAGUCACGACCCAAAGGCAACAGUCAAACAUUAAAACAACCGGGUAAAAUAAAUUUAAAAGACUUUUCUAACGUGACGGAUGCGAUAGCACGUAUGAGUGUUGGAGAAAAAAUAGAGCAUGGUUCGAAAAUGAUGGGCCAUGCGCCACUAGCGACUCCGGAACUUGUAGAUCUUGAGUACGCUCAUCCCAAAGACGUUGUGACUAAUCUUUAUCCGACUUACGACGGAGAGUAUGCGUACGCUCUUGUACAGGAUUCUAUUUCGAAUAAUAAAUCUAAAUUACGGCAUAGACGUGAGAAGGGUCAACCAUCAUACAGUGAUUCAGAUUCAGAAUGGAGUUCGUUGGAGCGUCAGCGGGCAGACGCCCUUAGUAAGACGAAUAAAAAACCCUCAAGUUAUAAACGUACUCGUAAGAAACGCACUGCAAUACCAGUAGCAACACCAAAAGUACCUUCGCUAGCCAGUAUGGUCAGUGGAGAUGGUAACAUUGGUAUCAAUUACUCGAAGGACGACAAGAGUUGGCGUAUCGAUCCUACUGAACGUGUAUCAAGUGAAACACCAGAUAGUUCUGAGUCAAGUGAACCAGAGCACGGUACAAGAUCAAGAUUAAAACCAAAUAAACAUGCUGGUGCUGUUAGUGUGAGAAAGAGAUUUGGAAAUUCAGCGGCUACGCUGCAGCAUCCAUUCAACCUUAAACAUGUGACUCAGGAUAUGUUCAGUGUGUCCUAUGACGAAUCCAGUCUGGAUGUGUCCUCACCACGAGAAAUAAAUUCACCGAGUUUUGGAAUACUAACGAAGGGUAAGGACUGCGACAAGCUGACGCGAAAGAAAGACAAGCAGAAGGCUAAAGAGGAUGAAAAGUUGGAGAAGCGGAGGCAGAAAGAAGAGAAACUCAAGAAACACGCGGAAAAAGAGAGAGAACGUGAGAAAAAGAAGCAGGAUAAAAUAAAACAAACCAAAGGACCUGGUGGUGGUACUGGGGGUGCUGGUGCCUCGUUAACGGGCCAAAGUCAACUGUCGCUUAUUGAAGAUUUUGCACAGAGUGAAACUAAUAGAAUACCUUUAUUUUUGGAAAAGUGUGUACGGUUUAUUGAAGAAGAGGGUCUUGAUUCUGAGGGUAUUUACAGGGUUCCUGGCAAUCGUGCUCAUGUUGAGUUACUUUUUCAAAAAUUCGAAGAAGAUGGUAAUGUUGACAUACAUUUAUUGGAUAUUCCGGUAAAUGCGGUAGCAACAGCACUCAAGGACUUCUUUUCAAAACGAUUACCACCACUUAUUGACAAAGAGCGUAUGAUUGAACUAGAAAAUAUUUCCGGUGCAAGAGGUGUAAGUAAACCAAUGUCUGCUACCGGUAUGAAUAUGGAAGAUCCAAGCUGUAGAUUACUCGCCUUACGAUCGAUGCUUAAUCAAUUAAAUCCAGUUAAUUUCGACGUUUUGAAAUUUAUAUUUCAACAUUUCGUAAAAGUGGCAGAAAAUUGUAAGUUAAAUAGCAUGGACAGUAAAAAUUUGGCAAUUUGUUGGUGGCCUACAUUGUUGCCAAUUGAAUUUAAUGACUUGGGUAGAUUUGAAGCUAUGAGACCUUAUUUGGAGGACGUUGUUCAAACAAUGAUCGAUCAGUAUCCCUUUCUUUUCUGCGACAAAGAAGCCAUCGUCAUGGUUUAGUAAUGGACUAUCACGAAUUCAAAACAAAAUUAGGACCUAUAAUUAAUAAUAACAAUAAUUAUAAUUAAAAUAAUAAUAAUAAUCAUAAUAAUAUUAAUAUUAGUAUUAACAUUAAUAAUAAUAAUAAUAAUAAUAAUAAUAAUAAUAUUUUAUAUUUAAUGGGGUCCUAUUUCUCUAUUAAAAAUAAUCAUAUACAAAGCAAAUACAUUUGCACUAGUCCAAUUACACUGGGAAUUUAAAAAUAAAACUUAAAAAUCGGUCAUAAUUUGAAACGUCUGAAUUUCCAAUUAAUCAAACGGUCGCGAGUAAUAGCAACGAGUCAAUCAUGGUGUCAUAUAAGUAUGCAUGUAUUUUGAGUAUAUAUAUAACAUAUAUACAUAUUUACAAUUUAAUUAAUUUAUUUUAAAUAUUUAUAAUAAAUUACGUAGUGAUAAAUUAAUAGUACGUAAGUUUUAAAUAAUUUUUUAGCACUGUCUUAUUUUUAUUUCGCACUUUGUCAACUCAAAUUUUAAUGCUUUUACAUCAGCAUUUUAAUAAAUUAUUUAAAUAAAAAAAAAAAAAAAAAAAGAAUUUGUAAAUUAAAUCAAUAGACGUUAAUUUUUAACAAAGAAAAAAAAUAAUGAGAAUAAAAAAAAGACAUUUUUUAGGUUGUGCCAUGCCAAUCGUAUCUGUUUAUAAUUAAAAAAAAAAAUUAGAUAUCGAUGCACGGCGGUGAUAUAUAUAAUCUAUUUGCUUAUACCAUUCCGUCUAAUUAAGAAAAAUAAUAAUGAUAAUUAAUAAUUUAGUAAAUAAAACGAUUUUAUUAAUAAUUUCAAUCGUUUUAUAAUUUUAAAAAUGAUAUUAACAAUUAUAAUUAAUAAUAAUAAUAAUAAUAAUAAUAUUGAUUGAUUGAGUGAUUAAGUAAACCAAACCAAGAGUAUUUUUUACUCAAACCAAUUUUAUGGACAAUCCAUAGCAAAAAAAAGAGAAAAAAAAAAUAUGAAACAUGUCAGUGCAUCUAAAAUUCAUGUAAAUAAAAAAAAAAACUAAACAGGCUCAGACAUAAAAGUUUGUCCCGAAAUAAAGAAUAAAUUAGACUAAAAUGAUUAGCUGUCAAUGGUUUGACAUUGAAAGUGGUCAAAAUAAUAAUUAUUAAUGAUAAUAAUUGAAAUAAAUUGUCUGAAGAAAUGCCUCGAUCAAAUAAAUGCGGACAAUAGUUGUCACUAGAUGUGCCAUAGUUUAUACAAUUUGGUAUUGUGGAGAUACAUGAUCGAUUACCCUUUUUGGUAAUAUGAUAAUUCGAUAUCUGUGACGACAUUUGAGGGUAAAAUGUUUUUUUUUUUAAAUAAAAAUCGUGGUAUUUAAACAAUGACGCACAAUAACUGCCUCCAAGUAUCGCAACUGCAAAUGCGUUAGACAAUUUAUUGUCUGAAAAUAUUAAAAGUAAUAAUGAUUAUUAUGAUUAUUAUUAUUAAGGUUAUUAUUAUUGCGAUAAAUUAAAUGGAUGGUGAAAAAAUUUUUUAAUGAAUUUUUGAGCUAGGGUUGAAUUUGGAUUAGAGAUUUUUAAUAUUUUUUUUUUUUAGUUUUUGUGAAAAUAUUUAACGCAUAAUGCUCGAGUACUUUUCGUUGUAUUGCUUUGAAGACGUAUGUUUCAUCUAAUAAUAUGCUUUCUAUGUAAAUUUAUUUUUUAAAACUUUUUAGUUUUAUGAGAAAAAAAAACUAUCAGAUUUUAAUAAUUAUUUAUUUAAAAAAAAAAUAAAUUAUUACAAAUUUAUAUAAUUAACUUUUCUUUGUCACACAAAAGUUAUAAUAAUAAAACCUUUCGAUUAUUAUGUUUGUUAUUCAAAAAAGAUUUUUUUUUAUUAUAGUAAAAAAUUAAUUAUUUUAAUAAUUAAAUUAUUAACACUCAGAAUAUCUAAUAAUUUUUUUUUAUGUUUAGUAAAUGGAAUUUAAAAUAACAUUUUAUUAGGGGUGUGCAAAUCGGGUUUGAAUCGAAUCGAAUAAUUCAAAAUUUUUCGAAGACAGGAGCUUUUCGGUAAUUUGAAACAAUUUGAAUUAUUUGAAUCUUUUCGAAUGAUUUUGUCAUUAAAAAGAAAGUUUUAGAAUUAUUCGAAAAAUACAAAUGCUCAAUUCGAAGUUCUAUUUGAAUAGUUCGAUUCGAUUCGAUGCGAAUAAUUUGUAAGGUCAAAACUAUUCGUACACCUUUACAUUUUAUAUCACAAAAUAAAUAUGUUAAUUAUAAAUUAUUAAUUACUGCAAUUAAUAUCUGAUAGUUUUAUCUUGAUUGAAUGCAAAAAUUAAAUAUUACGUCUUCGAGGAUUUGCAUAGACGCUUGGAAGCUUGAUCAGUGUUAAAAUUUAUACUAAAAGAAAAAAAUAAUUAAAAAAACAAAAAAAAAAUGUAAUGUAAUAUUUCUAAGAUAACCAUUGAGUACUUGAUGAAUACUCAGUGAUUUGUAAUUGUUUCAAUUUAGUAGUAUCGAGGUUUUAUACAUUCGUACAUACAUAAUAACAUGUAACAGUGUAAUAGAAAAAAAAAAAAUUAAAAACCCAAAAAAAAAAAAUUAAUAAUAAUAAGUGAUAAAUGUGUGUCGCGUUUGAAAUUUUAUAAUUAAAGGGAUCCGAUGCAAGUGAAAAUGAUGAGCGAUCAAUGAAUUAUUUUUUCCUCUCACUGUGUAAUUAAAGCAUCUAUUGUCUAAGUUUAUUGACUAUUGUCUCGUUGUAAUUCUCUUAAAAGUCAAAAAAAAAAGUUUCUAUCCUCGUUAUUGGAUUUUUAUAAUUAAAAUAAAAAUAAAAAUUAAUAAUACUAAUAAUAAUAAUAACUAAAUAUCAAUGCCUAAAUAUGAUCUGGCAGUUCUAUCACAUAAUUGGCCUCUUCUUUUUAUAAUCAACCCCAAUAAAUUAUUAAUUAACAGGGACCUAUAAAUAAUUACCACAAUAAUUAUAAUUAUUAAUUACAAGUUAAUAUUAAAAAUUAAAUUUAAAUAAAUAAACAGCCGGUGUUUUUUACAAUGAAUUUAUUUAAGUGAUCAAUAAUGAGCCUACUCGAUAAAU